AUGAAUUCACGAAAUGAAGCCUCUUGUGUCACGCUUGGAUCGGGAAAUCUCCGUGAUGCGGUUCGAUUGCCCUUUGGUGAAGAUCAAAAUGAAUGGUUAGCGAUGAAUCUAUCUGAUAUGUACAAUCAAGUGUGUAUGUUAGUUGGAACACUCGAUCAAGCCUGUACUCCUGAGAAAUGUCCAAAGAUGACAGCUGCAGCUGGACAUGAAUAUCUUUGGCAAGAUAGCAAUAAACAAACUCUGUCUACAUCGGCUCCUGAAUACAUUUCUUAUUUGCUAACGGGUAUUCACGAUCAAUUGGACGAUGAAAAUGUGUUUCCAUCACAAUUGGGCAAAUCUUUUCCACCGGAUUUCCUCUCGAUUUGUGAGGGUAUCAUGAGUCGUCUCUUUCGAGUAUACGCUCAUGUCUAUCAUGCACAUUCAAAUGAUAUCAUCAAAUUGAAUGCAAUGGCUCACAUCAACACAUCGCUCAAACAUUUUAUCCUGUUUGCAAGGGAAUUCAAAUUGAUUCCCCGUGCGAAAAUGGUUCCUCUACAAUCCGUUCUUGAUACACUUUGCCCGGCAAAUUCA